CCAAGAUGCUGGUGGUCCUGCUCACAGCAGCUUUGCUGGUCCUGAGCUCAGCUCAGAGACAAGAUGAAGAGAUCACCUAUGAAGACACAAAUUCUCAACUCCUAGAAAUGGGAGAGCAGAGCCAAGGGAAUGGUCAUCAUUAUCCAAAACCACCUCCUGGAGGAAUGCCCCCAAGACCUCCCAGUUCUGAUGAAAAUGAUGAUGGUGAUGAAGAUGGCAGUGAGGAAGAUGUGAAUAGACCAGAGGGACCACCACAGCACCCUCCUCACCCAGGACACCACCAUGGUCCUCCACCACAGGGAGGCCCUCAGCAGAGACCCCCUCAGCCUGGAAACCAACAAGGCCCACCCCCACAGGGAGGCCCUCAGCAGAGACCCCCUCAGCCUGGAAACCAACAAGGCCCACCCCCACAGGGAGGACCUCAGCAGAGACACCCUCAGCCUGGAAACCAACAAGGCCCACCUCCACAGGGAGGCCCCCAGCAGAGACCCCCUAUGCCUGGAAACCAACAAGGCCCACCCCCACAGGGAGGUCCUCAGGGACCCCCAAUGCCUGGAAACCAACAAGGCCCACCCCCACAGGGAGGUCCUCAGGGACCUCCUGGGCCUAGAAACCAACAAGGCCCACCCCCACAGGGAGGACCUCAGCAGAGACCCCCUCAGCCUGGAAACCAACAAGGCCCACCCCCACAGGGAGGCCCCCAGCAGAGGCCCCCUAUGCCUGGAAACCAACAAGGCCCACCCCCACAGGGAGGCCCUCAGGGACCUCCAGGGCCUGGAAACCAACAAGGCCCACCCCCACAGGGAGGCCCUCAAGGACCACCUCAGCCAGGAUACCAUCAAGGCCCACCCCAGCAUGGAAAAAAUGAACAACCAAGUUACCUAUGGUCACUUUUUGCAUAACCAUCUUUUUCCUUACAAGAGAGAAGGUAAUUAAGUGCUUCAUUCUUCUUUCCAUGCUCCAAACUCCAGUGAUGACCACCCUGUUCCUAGAGACAUAGAUCAUGGAUAUAUUCAAAAUAUGAAUAGUCCUUAUAAUUCUAUGGUGUAUGUGAUUCAAAUUGAUUCUCAGUUAACUGUCAAACUCUAACAGAUAUCCAAGGCACUAAAAGAUAUUUA